AGUGGAUUUUACAGGGUUAAGUUAAGACGCCAAAACUCAAAGUUUUCCAGCUGAAAGACCACACAAUACCAAAAUGAUCAGGGUGAUUCACUUCACCUCUCAGUGGUCAUAAUGUUGUGGCUGAUUGGUGUAUGAGACACUGAUGAAGCUCCUCCUCCUCCUCGGCGCGGCACUAAUCGCCCUCCAUACCUCCGGAGCAGCGUGGUGGGCACAACAAGCUCCGCGGUCGGUCCGCUCCGUCCUGCCGCUCCGCUGCAGUCCCUCCCUGGCACGGAGGACCCACACCGGCUCCCCUCGGACGGAGAAAUGAGCUCGUCCUCGGCCGCUUUAACGUGAUUCUUCCCCCAGCGCGGAUUCACACCCCGAGACCCAGAGAAGAGCCGCACCGGUGCUGCUGCUGUUUACAAACCUCGGUGUCGGACGGUCCCGCCCGCAGCCCGGACCAUGGCGGAGAGAAGCGGCCGGCUGAGCUUCCCCGGCGGCGGGGCGCUCAACAGACCGGUGCCCAUGAACCUGUUCGCCACCUGGGAGAUUGACGGAUCCUCCCCGAACUGCAUCCCCAGAUUGUGCAGCCUGACGCUGAAGAAGCUGGUGGUGAUGAGGGAACUCGAUAAAGAGCUGAUUUCUGUGGUCAUAGCGGUUAAAAUCCAGGGCUCCAAACGGAUUUUGAGGUCCCAUGAGAUUGUGCUGCCACCCAGUGGGUCUGUGGAGACGGAUCUGGCUCUGACUUUCUCACUGCAGUACCCGCACUUCCUAAAACGAGAAGGAAACAAGCUGCAGAUCAUGCUGCAAAGGCGGAAAAGAUACAAGAACCGAACUAUCCUGGGCUACAAGACUCUGGCGGUGGGAUCCAUCGAUAUGGCCGAGGUGAUGCAGCACCCGACAGAAGGAGGCCAGGUCCUGCCUCUGUGCAGCAACCAGAAAGACAUGCUUGGCAAAGUUGCCGAGAUCUGGAUCUUCUCGCUGUCCAGUCAGCCCAUCGACCACGAGGAGGCGGCGCUGCAGGGAGGACAGAAGAUCAAAUGCUCCGAUAACUACUCAGAGGAAGAGUACGAGAGCUUCUCCUCGGAGCAGGAGGCCAGCGAUGAUGCCGUCCAGGGACAGGAUCUUGAGGAUGAUGAGUACGACGUGAGGAAGCCAAAGAAACAGAGGAGGUCGAUUGUACGGACGCCCUCCAUCACCAGACAGCAGAACUUUAAGCAGCGAGUCGUGGCUCUGCUGAAGCGCUUCAGAGUCUCAGACGAGGUUCUGGACUCAGAGCAGGAUCCUGCAGAGCCGCCUCCAGAGGUGGAGGAGGAGGAUCUGGAUCUGGACAGCGUGGAGUUCGAGAACCCCAGCGACAGCGGCCCGGAGCUGGACGACGACGACAGUGUCCUCAGCACACCAAAACCCAAACUCAAGCCAUAUUUCGAGGGUCUCUCCCUCUCCAGCUCUCAAACCGAGAUCGGCAGCAUCCACAGCAGCCGGAGCCACAGGGAGCCUCCCAGCCCGAUUGACCCAGAUAAAGCCAAGUGUGGCGGCGGCAAGUUUCCAGAUGACGGCGUGUCUGACAACGUCUCCUUUGAGCAGCCCGAGGCGGUGACUCCGACCACGGAGCUGGAGAUGGACAACAUGGACACGUUUCUGGAGAGGCUGCCGCCGAGUGGCAAGAUGACCAAGACCGAGUCCCUCAUCAUUUCAUCCAACAGGCAGGAACCGAAGUUGGCAGGGAGGCGAGGAAGGAGCACGUCGCUGAAGGAGCGCCAACCCAGCAGGCCGCAGAACGAGAGAGCCAACAGCCUGGACAACGAGCGCUCCCUGGACACACGCUGCCACCUGCAGAUCCCCAGAAAGACAGUUUACGACCAACUAAACCACAUCCUGGUGUCUGAUAACCAUCUUCCUGACAGCAUCAUCCUCAUCAACACGUCAGACUGGCAGGGCCAGUAUCUGUCCGACAUGCUGCAGAACCACCAUCUGCCGGUGGUCUGCACCUGCACCACGGCCGACAUCCAGGCUGCGUUCAACACCAUCGUCUCCCGCAUACAGAGAUUUUGCAACUGUAACUCCCAGACGCCAAUUCCCAUAAAGAUCGCGGUGGCCGGAGCUCAGCAUUACCUCAGCGCCGUUCUGAGGCUCUUUGUGGACCAUCUUUCCCACAAGACCCCAGACUGGCUCGGCUACAUGAGGUUCCUCAUCAUCCCUCUAGGUGCACAUCCCGUCUCCAAAUAUCUCGGCACUAUUGACUAUCGAUACAAUAGUUUGUUCCAAGAUGCUGCCUGGAGGGAUUUGUUCCACAAACCAGAGGCUCCUGUUGUUGCCCAGGAGAACCCAGACGUCGUGUCGAGGGUAACUCAGUACAUGGUCGGAGCUAACGGAGCUCACCAGCUGCCCAUCGCUGAGGCCAUGCUCACCUACAAACAGAAGAGGAAAAAGAGCUUUCAUUUUGAUUUUGCAGUAAGUCUCUCUGUUUCUUCCCUGGGGGGGCGAUGGCAGGUUUCUUCAAGCCCCGACGAGGAUUCCUGUCAGAAAUUCAUCCCUUUCAUUGGAAUGGUGAAAGUUGGCAUCGUGGAGCAAACAUCUGCUACAUCAGGAGACUCUGAUGAUGCCGCUCCUCUCAGCUCCUCCUUGUUGUCCUCCACACCUCCACAAGUAUCUCCUGCUCUGAAGGAGGCGUCGCCCACACCGCCCUCCUCCCCCUCCGUCAACACCAGCUUCUGUGCUUACAGUUCUGGCGGCCAGGCGGAGCUGAUGGGGCUGCAGGUGGACUACUGGGUGGCUCCGACGGAAAGGAAGAAAGACGUGGAGAAGCGGGACUCUUCCUCCAAAAACACUCUGAAGUGCAAUUUCCGCUCGCUGCAGGUCAGCCGGCUGCCACUGGGGGGCGCUGAGCCGAGCCCCCAGCCCACCAUGUCCAUGACGGUGGUGACCAAGGAGAAGAAUAAGAAGGUCAUGUUCCUGCCAAAAAAGAGCAAAGACAAGGAGGUGGAGUCCAAGAGUCAAGUGAUUGAGGGCAUCAGCCGCCUCAUCUGCACUGCCAAGCACCAGCAGACCAUGCUGAGAGUGCUGAUUGAUGGCGUCGAGUGGAACGAUGUCAAGUUUUUCCAGCUGGCGGCUCAGUGGUCGUCGCACGUCAAACAUUUCCCCAUCGGGAUCUUCGGACACACUAAAGGCCCUUACUAGCAGCACCUAAGAGACUGAAACAUGGAGGACAGCUUCCCCUUUUCCUCUCCUCACCCUUUCCCUCGUGCCAACAGCUUUUAACCUCCUUCCUCCCUCCUUUCCCUGCACACUUCUCUCUAUUCUGCUGUCUUAAUUUCAGCUCCUGCUUUCCACCGUUGCAUUCGUCUGAUUAUUUAAUCUUUCGCGUUUUUUUAAUUUUCUAUUUAUGUAAAAAAAACAAAGCUUCUCGAGGCAAAGCUGCCGAAGGGGGUAUUUCUUUACUCUGCUUUUUAAAAACAAGAAAAAUCCUGCUGAUGUUUUAUAGACUUUUGAGAGAAAAAAAAUCUAAUUAAAUAAUAAUUAGAAAUGACUUCUAACCUUUAACAUACUGAACGAGUGCCCAGGUUUCGCUCUGCCGUCAUGUUUUGUUUUUUUUUCAUUUGGCGAGGAUGGUUUUCUGCACUUGUCCAGCACAAAAAAAAUCAAGAAAUUUUGGAUUCACAGCUCCAGAGACUGUUGGCAAUUCAUCGUCGGAAGGAAAAAGAAUAAACAGCCUCAGUGAAGAAGUAUAAUGUGCAAUAGACUGAAUACUGUGUGAAUGUGAUUUUGAGUUAACCUGGCACUGUUAGAGGAUUAUACACUGCUCUUAGUUGUGAUUUUCAGUCUUUGUUUCAUGCCCCCUUUCUUCUUUCCUUUCUCCUCCUGAGAAAUUGGCUCAAGGUUUGAAGAGUUUUGAUGAAAAUUUGAUGUAAAAAUUAGAAACUAAAGCCAAAAAAAAUGCAUUUUAGAACAAGAUAAACGGCACAAAAUUACUUGCAAGCUCAAAGGAAUAUGCUGAUAUUUUGGGAAAUGUACUUAUUCGCUGUCUUGUUCAGAGCUAGAUAAGAAAAUUGUCACUUUUAUACCUGUAGGAUGAAUAAGAAGCUACAGCUAGCAGCUAAUUAGCAUAGCUUAGCAGGAAAAGUGGAAACAAGGGGAACGGCUAGCUUAGUCUGUCUGAAAGUGACAAAUUCUGGCUACCAGCAUGUGUUUUUUUUUUUAAGUACCAUGUUCUAAAACUGAGCCAAGCUAGCAUUUUUCUGCUUCCUCAGAUGGAAGUGAAAAGCGACAAACUGUGGUUUUAACAGGAAAUUAGGCACAUAAUCUCUUUAAAAUAAACAACUUGGUGAAGUUUACACUCCAGGUUUCGUACACGCAAGUGAAAUAUAUAUUUUUUAAACUUCAGAUGAAGAUUUGCUCACUGUUUCCCCUGUUUACAAUUUCAUUCUUGCUGCUAAGCUAAGCUAACAUCCCGCUGGAACACAGCUAGCCUGGCUCUGAUCAAAAGUAACAAUAUUCUCCUACCAGCAUCUCUAAAGCUCAGCAGUUAACAUUAACUAUAUUUUGUCUGUUCAAUUUGUACAAAAGCGAAGCCAGGCGACGUGAUUCCAGCCUUUGUGUGAAGCUAAGCUAAGCUAACUGGCUGCUAGCUGGAGCUUCAGCGGUAAGAAGAACCAGCAUUUCACUUCAAAUCUUGUGCUGAUCGCAUUCCAUCUGGUUGUCCAGAUUCUCAACUGAAGGAAUAUGUUGUAUCUGCAAAACUGUUUAGCUGUACGUUAGUAAUACCGCUGAACAAAGUAAGUAAACUGUGCAUCACAUUGCCAUGGAAACCUUGGUGCAUUCAGUUACUGAAGCUGAAAAUACAUAUAUAUUGUUUUCAUGAUCGGUCCUGAUUUGCUGCCAAGUCUGCUUUACACUGCUGGUACUGCAGGUAACUGAACACAGACUACAAAAUUGGUCUGCUGGUAUUUAUCACAGUGAAUAUUCAAUUGAAACCAUUCAUUUGACCUUGAUUUGGCCAAAAAUUAAAGUGAUUUUCAUAUAUCCUGCAUUAUGAGACAGACCUAAAAGUUUAAGAGCUGCAAUAUGCGGCUGUAAUGUUAGAAAUGAGCAGCUGCACUGGGAGUCACUAAGUGGUAAAUUAAAUAUUCUAUUAACUCAGACAAUUAACACUUCUUCAGUCAGCAUUUCUCUAUUGCAGCAUUUGCAGUAACAGCGGUUUUUACUCAACAUCUGUCGAUUUUGGCCAGAAAAAGAUUCAAGUGAUGCAUCAAAUGCCUCCGUUUUAUUGGGACAUGCACAGAAAACCUGGUUAAAAAACAAGUUGGCACCCACCAUUGCAGUACCCAUGAUCUCUGUCUGGGAUUUAGGUUUUGUUAAGCCAGCUAAUUCCAAGAAAGCCUCGAUUUGUUGAACUUUCUCCCUCAAGUAUAUUUAGAUGCAGUUCACAUCAGGUGUUAGGGCUACGUUUGCUGUACCAGAACAAAGAAAUAUUGAAAAUAUUAUCUCUCAGCAAACAUUUUGAUAUUGAGAUGGGGUCUAAAUGAGAUCUAAACCUAGCCAAACAUUUUCAGACAUGGCUUUAUAAUGGUUUUAUAAUGAAGAUGAACAUUUAGCAGAUAUUUGAUUAACAUCUGAAAUCAAUUAGGAGUCAAAAACCCGAGUGUCCUGCUUGUUUGUGCUUCUAAAACUAAAGCAUCAGCAACAUUAAAUUAUACUCUGCUGUAAAGAUAGCUGUAGGAAGUGUAAUAAUUCAAUUUGGCACACUAUUUCACUUUUUUAUACAGCUGUUACAUGGACAGAACAAUCACUUGUACUGAUUUUCAUGUCUUAUUGAGCUAGAAAGCAAAUCUCCCAAAAUGUCAAACUGUUCCUUUAAUCCUAAAACAAAUCAAAUUGAACAUAAUCUGUAUUGAAUGAUUGGAUAUUUUUCCUCCUAAAAUAUUGAUUUUAACUCUUCUUCCUUGAGCCCCACACUCCUCCGACACACUCCGUACCUUUUGCUCAAAGCAAACGUUACUUUUGCCAAAGGAACUUCUCAUCAACUGCAGCUCACUCAUUACCUGUGUGGUAUUAUAGUUCAUAACGUAGAGGUGAAUGUAUUGAAGGUACCUUAAUGUAAAGCACUUUUAAAUGUUUGUCCAUUAUAGAUUAGUGUGUUACACCUUUUCCCUCCUACUGGGAACCUGCAGGUACGACCGGUUGUUGUUAUAUCUGAGCUGAACUACAGCACAAACAGUGGUGACUUAGUUUAUAUGCAAAGUGAACCAGGCAUCUGUAUCUCCUUGGUGCUGCGUAAUAAAGCUCAGCGUGAGGCCUCGUUGGACUGUUUUAGAUUAAUUUAGUUUGAUAUUUUGUGAGGUUAGAUUAGAAUGUGUCUGUGGUGUUUGUCAGUAGGCUCCAUCUUUAGUUGACUGUUAAGCAUAAGACUAAAAAUGUUUGCUUAGAAAGUUUCUUCCGUUUUGUCACAACCUUUUUGCCAAUUUCUUGAUAAGUGCCUAAAUUGCUUAAUUUUGACAAAUCAAUAUAAAAAUAAAUAAUGAUCCCUGGCUGAAAUGGUGCUGAUUCUGCUCCGACAACAAGAAAAUAUCUCAACCCAGCACAUAGAUUUUUUGCAACACAAACACAUGCAGUUGCUGAAAGGAGGAAGUCUCACACUCAGUGACUAAACAGCCGACCAUCCAUGUUGAGCGUACAUUUGUUUCUGUAUGUAGAGGAUGUUUUAGAUGUUUUGGUUUUUCUUGCCGUCUCAGAAAAAGGCUUGUUGAAACUGAAAGUUCCCUAAAGACUACCACUGUAAUCCCAAAAAACUGGGAGUAAUAAAACUACUAUACACACUAA